AUGUUUGAAAUAUUUGUAUGACAAACGCAAUGAAAGAGGAAAUGAAAAUGAUGUUCGACUGAGAACCAGAAGUGGAUUUUCUGUUCUGGAAUUUUACAACUUAAAGAGAUUAAAUUACUUUCGAUGUUAAUGAUAAAAUAACAAAUCGAAUAGAAUAAUGGUAUAAGCCUUAUUGUGAAAUGUCUUUCAACCAAAAGUUUCCAGAAACGAGCUCUUCCAUGGUUUGGAAGCCAGAGCUUUACAAAAUUCAACUCGAAGCUCCCACUCCAAAACCUCUGCUGAGAACACGGGACCCACAAAGCACUCCCCAUUUCUAUGGUCAUGAAUAUCAUGGAUUAAUGGGACACCAGGAAGUUGAAAAGCUAUUAGCAAACAGCUGCGAUGGAACUUAUCUAAUAAGAAAAAGCCCCAAAGCAGAAGAUUACUAUACUCUCAGUGUGAGAUUUAACAAUAAGACAAAACACUAUAAGGUUUACCAUAAGCCUGGAAAGGGUCAUUAUCUGCAAGAAACUUCCAAAAGUUAUGACACCAUAGACGACCUGGUCGCCGAUGGCUUAGUGAAUUUUUACAUGGCGUUGCAUGCAGCUCCAAUAAUCCAGGGCAUGAUGCAACAGACCAAGCACUGCUAUAACAAUAGUCCUUAUAUGACAUUGAAUCGUAGGAAACUGAGGGCACUCUCGAACGACAUUCGAAAUUCCAUGAAAGAGAAAGUGUCCGCAGAGGCGAUAUCGGAAAAAGUAGCUUUCGAAGCGGAUGUGUUGCCAGUUGUUUAUGAAAAAAGUCACAAAUUCAAGAUUCACACUUUUAAGGGUCUUAAUUGGUGCGAGUUUUGUGCGAAUUUCCUUUGGGGAUUCACUGCGCAGGGCGUCAAAUGUGAAGAUUGUGGAUUUAUGGCUCAUAACAAAUGCUCUGAGCUUGUACCCGCUAAGUGUGUCCCCGAUCUGAAGAGGAUCAGGGGUGUCUUUGGGACAGAUUUGACAACUUUGGUAACGGCACAUGUGUGCACGAUUCCCUUUGUUAUACGGAGAUGUGUUGAAGAAGUCGAAUGUCGAGGUAUGUUGCAAGAAGGAAUUUACCGAGUUUCGGGAUUUGCAGAUGAAAUCGAAGCCCUUAAAUUGGCUCUAGAUCGCGAUGGGGAGAAAACUGAUAUGUCAGAGAUGGCGUACGGAAACAUAAAUGUUAUCGCUGGGACACUUAAGUUGUACUUGAGAUUACUGCCGGUGCCAUUGAUAACAUACCGGUCGUAUCCUGCUUUUAUGAGGUCAGCACGAAUCGUUGAUUUAUUGGAACAGAUACAAAUGAUGAAAGAGGCUGUCAAGGAACUUCCACCGGCCCAUUACAAUUGCUUAAAGUUCAUGGCUGAGCAUUUAAAAAGAGUUGCUUCUCAUUAUGCUGUCAACAAAAUGAACGAGCACAAUCUUGCAACAGUUUUUGCACCGACAUUAAUUGCUACUCCACAACACAUGACCAAUUUAUCGGAGGAGAUAUUUAUGCUCUCCGCAUUGAUAACCCACUGCCAGGCAAUUUUUAUUUAAAAUGUAAUAAUAAAAUAAUAUAUAACAGUUUUUAUACACUGAAUCUCAUUGAAUUUAUUAGGAUUAAGCACACAUUCAUACAUAUAUACAUACAUACAUACCUAAUAGGUAAACAUUAUUGGAAAAAAUGUAUUUUUGGAGAUUUGUAUAAAAUUUUUCAUCAUAGAUUUCUUAACCUAGAUUAAAAAACAAAAAUGAUAAAAUCAUUCUUAUAAUAAAUGUUGUUAUUGUGUUUUGGAAAUAUACGAAACUUGGUCGGUUGCA